CUGACAUUUGACUCAUUGCCUACAUCUAUAGCUUGGCACAGAGCAAUUCAUGCACCCUCAAGAGUGUGGGUGAGACAUAUACAGCCUGUUAGACCUGAAGGCAGAUGGCUCUUCUUAAGGCCAAUAAGGAUCUCAUUUCUGCAGGACGGCAGGAGUUCAGUGUUCUGCUGAAUCAGCAGGUCUUCAAUGAUCCUCUCAUCUCUGAAGAAGAUAUGGUGACUGUGGUGGAGGACUGGAUGAACUUCUACAUCAACUAUUACAGGCAGCAGGUGACAGGGGAGCCCCAAGAACGAGACAGGGCUCUGCAGGAGCUUCGGCAAGAGCUGAACACUCUGGCCAACCCUUUCCUAGCCAAGUACAGGGACUUCCUGAAGUCUCAUGAGCCCCCGAGUCACCCACCGCCCUCCUCCUAGCCCAGGGAUCCAGCCCCUCCUCUCUGAGAAACUCUGACCUUCAUAUCCUUAGGCUGUGCUCCCGCCACUCUACACUGACACCUCAAUAAAGACCAGUGCUGGUUUUAUUGGA